UUCGAUAGUAUGUUUAUCUAUCGCCUGCACACCUUUCACUUUACAACACUGAACUUUAACAGAGUGCUUUUAAAAAUAUUCUGUUUAAACAGCCGGCUGUAAAUAUGGAAAACGCAGCCCAACUCCUUGCAGUCGGCCUACUUUGGGGUGUGACCAACCCAUUUAUGCGCUUAGGCAGCCAGGGCAUUGAAUCAGUGAAAGACACCGGCUCCAAGUGGAGGAAUCUCCUGCAGGAAGCUCGUCUUAUCGGCACUCGUUGGCGCUACUGGGUGCCCUUUGGUCUUAACCAGUGCGGCAGUGCCUUGUACGUGUGGACUCUACAGAAUUCCAGUAUUACUGUGGCCGUUCCAGUGGCCAAUUCCCUUAGUUUCGCAUUUACGGCAAUCACAGGUUACAUCUUGGGCGAAAAACUUCCCGGAAAGAAAGUCAUCCUUGGCACUUUGCUAAUUGGCUGUGGCAGUACGCUCCUGCUUUAUGACAAAAUACUCCAGGAACAGGCCGAGAAUCAAUUAAAUAUAACAUUCCAGUGAUCUUACCCAAAACCAAA